AUGGUGUGCUUGACGAUCCGCAGCAUCGCUGGACAGAGCUGCUGCAUUGAUGUGGAGGCGAAGUGCACUGUGCAGGAUCUGAAGCUUCGUCUGCAGAGUCAAUGGAGGGUGCCUCCCAGGUGCCUGGAACUGAUUUGCGGCACAAAGUCCUUGCCCAACACCCACUGCUUUGAAGAAGCGGAUGACGGCCUGGAGCUGCUGGGGGUGCUGUCGCUGCAGGCGAUUUGCCUGGACCUCAACCGCUCCGGCGCGCAGAAGCGCGCGGAAGCGCUCAAGGAGCUCAGCGAGAUGCGGGGCCAGCGCCAGGCGGUGGAGGCGGCGUGUCGCUGCCUGGAGGACAAGAACGCCUACGUGCGCUCCGCUGCGGCGGAGGCGGUGGCAAGGGUGGCGGAGCAGGGCGACCAACAGGUCAUGGACUUGGUGGACUCCCUGAUGAAGACGCGGCCCAUGCUGGCUAUGCGCUUGCUGGUGGGGGUGGUGCCCAGAGGGCACCGGCCCUCGGUGAGCCGCGUGCGGCGCCGGCUGCGGGACGCCUCCAGCGAGGUCCGGCAGAGCGCGCUGGUGGCCCUGGCGCAGCUGGCGCAGCCAGGCGACAAAGAUGUGAUUGAUACCAUCGUCUCCAUGCUGUCCGAUCCAGAUCGAGCCGGCCUUGAGAACGUGCGCAUCGCUGCCCUGAACUCACUGGGGCAUUUAGCGGUCGGCGACCGAACCAGGGUGAAGGCCAUCGCCAGCUGCCUGAUGGACAAGAACAGCUACACUCGCCGCGCGGCGGCCGAGACGCUGCUGGUCUUGUCGCAGGACGCGGCGCUGAGGGAGGCGGCGGUACAGGCCACGGCAAACCUCCUGGAGGGCUCCUUCGAGAUGGCCCUGGGGCUGCUGUCGCUGCUGGCGCGCCUCGCCGAAGCCCCGGGCUCUAGCGCCGCGGUGCGGCGCGCGGUGCGCGCGGCGGCGCCGAAGCUGGGGGAGGAGCUUGAGCUGCAGCGCGCAGCCGCUCUGGUGGUUUUGCCCCACGUGGUGGACGCGAAAACACGGGGGGACUUGGAGCGGCGCUUGGGGGAGCGCGCAGAACGCCUGAAAGCCUGUGCACAGCUUCUGCAGUCUACCAUCGGCUGGCUGGAGGACAGCGGCGGCCUGGAUGGCGACGGCCCGUUGCUCCGGGCCACCGCCGAGCGGCUGGAGCAGCUGUCCCGCAGCGACGAGCCGCCCAAAGCGGUCGAGGAGCCGGCGCUGUGGCGCUACCUCAAGGCUUGGGCCUGGCCGCAGCCCCUGUUGGGCCAAUGA